AUAGUCAGUAAGAUAUAUCACGAAAAAUGACCACAAUAGACUCACAGCAUGAUGAUAUGAUGCACGAUGCGAUGUUGGAUUAUUAUGGAAAGCGUCUAGCUACUUGCUCGUCUGAUCACACUAUUAAGGUGUUUUCUUUAGAAAAUAAUCAGCAAACAUUAUUAGAUGUUCUUCAUGGUCAUACAGGCCCUGUUUGGCAGUUGGACUGGGCUCAUCCUAAAUUCGGCACCAUUCUUGCUUCUGCUUCCUAUGAUGGUCAUGUAAUUGUUUGGCGUGAAGUCGAUGGUGUCUGGAGACAAUUAAUAGAUUAUAGUGCUCAUCAGGCUUCCGUCAAUGCCGUUUCUUGGGCUCCUCAUGAGUACGGUGCUCUUCUUGCUUGUGCUAGCUCAGACGGUAAGGUUUCCGUUUUGGAGUUUAAAGAUGAUGGAUCCUAUGAUACCAGAAUGUUUUCCACCCACGAAUCUGGUUGUAAUGCGGUUUGCUGGUCUCCACCAAGUCUUUCAGGCUCUAUCGUAGGUCAGUCUCCAGCUGCAGGCCCUAAGAAGUUAGCCAGUGCGGGAUGCGACAACCUUGUUAAAAUUUGGGCCUUUGAUUCUAAUGUCAACAAUUGGAUUUUAGAAGAUACUCUUACUGGUCAUGUCGACUGGACUAGAGAUGUUGCUUGGGCUCCUAGUGUUGGCCUUACCAAAACUUACCUUGCAUCUGCUUCCCAAGACAAAAACGUUUUCAUAUGGACAAAGGAAGGUGAUGGUCCUUGGCAAAAGACUCCAUUAACUGAAGAGAAGUUUCCAGAUGUCGCUUGGCGUGUUUCUUGGUCUCUUUCCGGUAAUAUACUUGCUGUAUCUUGCGGCGACAACAAGGUUUAUCUUUUCAAAGAAACCAAUAAAAAAUGGCAAUUGAUUAAUGAAUUGAGUGGUUAAAGCCAAUUUUCCUUUUUAAUAUCUUUCCUUUUGAUCUCUUUUCAGCCUUUGCCAUGCUUAAUCUCUUUUCUUACGGCUAUGAUGCACUCGUACUCCUUUGAAUUUUCCACGAUAUUCCAUCUUUGGGUUAGUGAUAGAUGAAAAUUUUAUGUAUAUUUUUUAUUAUCCACUACUAAAGUUGCUCAUAAUCUCUAAUUUGCUAUAUAAGCCAUGAAACCCUUCCACUUUUCUCAAAAAGGAAUAAGGAUUUAAUGAAUACUCCAUUA